GGAAGUGCACUACAUGGCACAACAUGUGUUUAUCUCUGAGGUAGCGCCGUCAGGCUCGCUUCUGCUACAGUAUUACAUACUCUGUUUUGUGUGUAUGAUAAAAAAAAAAAAAAAAUGUCUUCAAAAACACGACAAAACGAGAAUAAUUGUGAAGAACAGUCUGGGCUCAAGGAGGAGUUAAACAGAAAGAUCAAGGAGCAGAAAGUUGUAGUAGACGAGCUCUCCAAUUUGAAGAAAAACAGGAAAGUCUACGUCCAGCAGCGCAACAGUAACAUCUUCUUCCUGGCAGACAGAGGACAGACACUUGGCUCAUGCAAAAAGGAACUGGAUAAUAUGAAAAAGGAACUACAAGAUAUUUAAUGCCAAUGUGACCUUCAAGACCUUAACCACAACCAUGUGUGGCAUCUUUUGCCUGCUGAGGCUGGCAGCUGCUCAGCUGGACGGGGACAAAACUGUGCAUG